AUGAUUGUUUUAGGUGGAAUAGCGAAUGUUUACGCUGGUCAACCAUUGGAUACCGUCAAAGUAAAAGUGCAAACAUUUCCAAAUCUCUACAAAAAUUGGGUGGUAUGUUUGAAAGAUACAUAUCGGUUAGACGGGAUUCGAGGUCUCUACGCAGGAACGGUACCUGCACUGGCAGCAAAUAUAGCUGAAAAUGCAGUGCUAUUUUGUGCGUAUGGUUACUGCCAAAAGAUUGUUAGUAUAAUAUCCGGUCAUCGUAACGUGAAAACGAUGACCCCACUAGAGAACGCAUCUGCUGGUGGACUGGCCUCUAUAGCUGCUGCCCUUGUACUGUGUCCUACAGAAUUAGUGAAGUGCCGACUACAAGCUGCUCGUGAAGUAGGACAUAAAUGGUGGGUUAUGUUUGCUCUUGAAAAAUAUAACAGAUUUUUUUCUUCCAAAACUGAUGAAAAAACUCGGGUGGGUGUAUUUAGUAGUCACAUGGUGUAGUU